UCGACCAGGGUCCCUAAGGAAAGCAGUGAAUGGCGCUGGUUCCCUGAAGGAAGGGACUAAGGGACGGUGGCGCGGGCCCGGACUGGGGCCCCGGGGCCGCGGCACGGCCGAUAUGGCAUGCUGUCACAAAGUAAUGCUGCUGCUGGACACCGCGGGCGGCGCCGCUCGCCACAGCCGGGUCCGGCGGGCCGCCCUGCGCCUCCUCACCUACCUGAGUUGCCGAUUCGGCCUGGCCAGGGUCCACUGGGCCUUCAAGUUCUUUGACUCGCAGGGGGCGCGGAGCCGGCCGUCCCGCGUGUCUGACUUCCGCGAGCUGGGGUCCCGCUCGUGGGAGGACUUUGAGGAGGAGCUGGAGGCCAGGCUCGAGGAUCGCGCCCACCUGCCCGGCCCGGCGCCCAGGGCCACCCACACGCACGGCGCCCUGAUGGAGACGCUGCUAGACUACCAGUGGGACCGGCCCGAGAUCACGUCGCCCGCGAAGCCGAUCCUGCGGAGCAGCGGGAGGAGACUGCUGGACGUGGAGAGCGAGGCCAAGGAGGCCGAGGCCGCCCUCGGGGGCUUGGUGAACGCCGUCUUCCUCCUGGCCCCCUGUCCGCACUCGCAGAGGGAGCUGCUGCAGUUCGUGUCUGGGUGCGAGGCCCAGGCCCAGCGCCUGCCGCCCACCCCUAAGCAGGUGAUGGAGAAGUUGUUGCCCAAGAGAGUCCAGGAAGUCAUGGUCGCCCGAAAAAUCACCUUCUACUGGGUGGAUACCACCGAAUGGUCUAAGUUGUGGGAAUCCCCAGACCACCUUGGAUACUGGACUGUUUGUGAACUGCUCCACCAUGGAGGUGGCACUGUCUUGCCAUCUUUCAGCUGGGAUUUUGCUCAAGCUGGGGAAAUGCUGCUCAGGAGUGAAAUAAAGCUGUCAAGUGAACCUCAUCUCUCUCCGUGGAUUUCAAUGCUGCCAACUGAUGCCACUUUAAACCGUUUGCUCUGUAAUUCUCCUGAGUAUGAGGCCUCAUUUCCACGAAUGGAAGGAAUGUUAUUUCUCCCUGUUGAAGCAGGCAAAGAGAUUCAAGAAACAUGGACAGUCACCCUAGAGCCCUUGGCCAUGCAUCAGAGACAUUUUCAGAAACCAGUCAGAAUUUUUCUAAAAGGCUCAGUGACCCAGUGGUCUCUCCCAACGAGCAGCACUUUGGGCACUGACAGCUGGAUGCUACAAAGUCCAGAGGAGAGCACAGCAACUCAAAGGCUGUUAUUUCAGCAGUUGGUAAGCAGGCUGACUGCUGAAGAGUUACACCUGGUUGCUGAUGUGGACCCUGGUGAAGGCUGGCCCCCCGUCACUGGAGUUAUUUCCCCACUCUCUGCCAAUGCUACGAUCCUCACUGUGUUCCGCACCAAGGAGGCUGAAUUUCAACGACAUGUUCUCCAAACAGUUGCGGGUGACAGCCCCCGGGACACAGCUUCCCUUUUCUCAGAUGUUGUGGAUAGUAUAUUGAAUCAGACUCAUGAUUCACUUGCAGAUACUGCUUCUGCUGCUUCUCCUGUUCCAGAGUGGGCCCAGCAGGAGCUUGGCCACACCACUCCCUGGAGUCCAGCUGUUGUGGAAAAGUGGUUUCCUUUCUGUAACAUCAGUGGUGCCAGUUCCGAUUUGAUGGAGUCAUUUGGGUUACUACAGGCUGCCUCAGCUAAUAAGGAAGAGUCUUCCAAAACUGAAGGCGAAUUAAUACAUUGCCUUGCCGAGCUCUACCAGAGAAAAUCUCGUGAAGAAUCCACUAUAGCUCAUCAAGAAGACAGCAAAAAGAAACGAGGUGUCCCUCGUACUCCAGUGAGACAGAAGAUGAAUACCAUGUGCCGUUCCUUAAAGAUGUUGAAUGUUGCAAGGCUGAAUGUGAAGGCCCAGAAGUUACAUCCAGAUGGCAGUCCGGAUGUGGCUGGGGAGAAAGGAAUCCAAAAGAUACCCUGUGGGAGAACAGUAGAUAAAUUGGAAGACAGAGGAAGAACACUAAGAAGUUCUAAACCUAAAGAUUUUAAAACUGAGGAAGAGCUGCUAUCAUAUAUACGUGAAAAUUACCAAAAGACUGUGGCCACAGGAGAAAUCAUGUUGUAUGCAUGUGCUCGAAACAUGAUCUCAACUGUUAAAAUGUUCCUAAAAUCAAAAGGCACCAAGGAAUUAGAAGUGAACUGCCUGAAUCAAGUAAAAAGUAAUCUCUUAAAAACGAGUAAAAGUCUUCGACAGAAUCUAGGAGAAAAACUGGAUAAGGAAGACAAAGUUAGAGAGUGCCAGCUUCAGGUAUUUCUUCGUUUGGAGAUGUGUCUGCAAUGUCCUUCAAUAAAUGAAAGUACAGAUGAUAUGGAACAAGUAGUGGAGGAGGUGACAGAUUUGCUGCGCAUGGUGUGUUUAACUGAGGAUUCAGCGUACCUAGCAGAGUUUCUGGAGGAAAUUUUGAGAUUGUAUAUUGACUCUAUCCCAAAGACACUUGGAAAUCUUUACAACAGCCUAGGGUUUGUGAUUCCUCAGAAGCUGGCUGGUGUCCUUCCUACGGAUUUUUUCAGUGAUGACUCCAUGACACAAGAGAACAAAUCACCACUUCUUUCUGUGCCUUUUUUGUCAAGCGCUCGUAGAUCAGUGUCAGGCAGCCCUGAAUCUGAUGAACUGCAGGAACUUCGUACCAGAUCAGCCAAGAAAAGAAGGAAAAAUGCAUUAAUAAGACAUAAAAGCAUUGCUGAAGUUUCACAGAAUCUUCGACAAAUUGAAAUUCCUAAAGUGUCAAAGAGAGCUAUGAAAAAAGAGAACUCUCACCCUGCUCCUCAGCAGCCUUCCCAGCCAGUGAAAGAUACAGUGCAAGAAGUGACCAAAGUUCGAAGAAAUCUUUUCAACCAGGAAUUGCUUUCCCCUUCAAAGAGAUCACUAAAGCGGGGGUUGCCUAGAAGCCAUUCUGUGUCAGCUGUGGAAGGUCUAGAGGAUAAACUUGACAACUUCAAGAAGAACAAAGGUUAUCACAAACUGCUGACUAAGAGUGUGGCCGAGACUCCAGUGCAUAAGCAGAUCUCCAAAAGGCUGCUGCACAGACAAAUCAAGGGCAGGUCCUCUGAUCCUGGUCCUGAUAUUGGUGUUGUUGAAGAGUCCCCUGAAAAAGGAGAUGAAAUAAGUUUGAGACGAAGUCCUCGAAUCAAGCAGUUGUCAUUUAGCAGGACACAUUCUGCCUCCUUCUAUUCUGUGUCUCAGCCGAAGUCUCGAAGUGUGCAAAGAGUCCACUCUUUCCAGCAAGAUAAGUCAGACCAAAGAAAAAAUUCUCCAGCCCAAAGUAUUCGGUCUCCCAAGAGUCUUCUUUUUGGGGCAAUGUCUGAGAUGAUCAGCCCCUCAGAAAAGGGUUCAGCUCGAAUGAAAAAGCGUUCAAGAAACACUUUGGAUUCGGAGGUACCUGCAGCUUACCAGACUCCCAAGAAGAGUCACCAGAAAUCUCUGAGCUUUUCUAAAACUACACCAAGAAGGAUCUCUCAUACACCACAAACUCCGUCGUAUACUCCAGAAAGGCUGCAGAAAUCCCCUGCAAAAAUGACCCCUACAAAGCAGGCAACUUUUAAGGAGUCCUUAAAAGACUCCUCCUCACCCGGCCAUGACUCACCAUUGGAUUCAAAAAUCACUCCUCAAAAACAAUGUACCCAGGCAGGAGAAGGUACCUCUCUUGAAACGAAGACACCAAGAACUCCUAAGAGGCAGGGUACUCAGCCGCCUGGGUUUUUGCCAAAUUGUACUUGGCCACAUUCAGUGAAUUCCAGUCCAGAAAGCCCCUCCUGUCCAGCCCCUCCAACUUCAUCGACUGCCCAACCCAGGAGAGAGUGUCUCACUCCCAUCAGAGACCCUCUCAGAACACCUCCGAGAGCAGCAGCCUUCAUGGGCACGCCUCAGAAUCAAACACACCAACAGCCCCAUGUCCUCAGAGCUGCUCGGGCAGAGGAACCAGCCCAGAAACUAAAGGAUAAAGCUAUCAAAACCCCAAAAAGACCAGGGAAUUCAACUGUGACUUCUUCCCCACCUGUUACGCCAAAGAAACUAUUUACCUCUCCUUUAUGUGAUGUCUCCAAGAAGAGUCCAUUUAGGAAACCUAAAAUAGAGUCUCCUUCCCCAGGAGAACUGGAUUGGAAAGAGCCCCAGAUGUCACCCAGUGUAGCUGCAUCUCUCUCCUGCCCUGUUCCCUCAACUCCCCCUAAACUCUCACAGAGAGCUACGUUGGACACUGUCCCUCCUCUGCCCCCUUCUAAAGUUGGGAAACGGUGUAGAAAGACCUCUGAUCCCAGAAGGAGCAUCCUGGAGUGUCAGCCUGAUGCCUCCACUACUCCUGGGGUUGGUACAGCUGACAGCCCAGCUGCCCCCACAGACUCUAGAGAUGACCAGAAGGGACUGAGCCUCUCUCCUCAGUCUCCUCCUGAAAGACGGGGCUACCCAGGCCCUGGUCUCAGGAGUGAUUGGCAUGCAUCCUCUCCUUUGCUCAUUACAAGUGACACAGAGCAUCUCACUCUCCUUAGUGAAGCCGAACACCAUGGCAUUGGUAACUUGAAAAGUAACAUCUUAUUAGUGGAAGAGGGUGAGGGGCUAAGGACAGCAGAUGCUGAGGAGAAGUCUUCUCUGUCUCACCCUGGGAUUCCCCCAUCUCCUCCUUCCUGUGGGCCUGGCUCUCCUCUGAUGCCUUCCUGUGACGUGCACUGUACCACAGACGGGAGAUGGUGCCAGGCUUCGGCACAACUAGACAACCUGCCAGCAUCAGCUUGGCAUUCCACAGACUCUGCCAGCCCACAGACCUAUGAGGUUGAGCUGGAGAUGCAAGCUUCUGGCCUUCCCAAACUUCGAAUUAAAAAGAUAGACCCCAGCUCUUCGUUAGAGGCUGAGCCCCUCAGCAAGGAGGAGAGCUCUCUGGGAGAGGAGAGCUUCCUCCCUGCUGUCAGCAUGCCCAGGGCCAGCAGGUCCUUAAGCAAACCUGAACCCACCUAUGUGUCACCCCCCUGCCCCUGCCUCUCCCACAGCACUCCUGGCAAGAGUGGGGGGCAAACCUACAUCUGCCAGGCCUGUACCCCCACCCACGGCCCUUCUAGUACCCCCUCUCCAUUUCAAACAGAUGGGGUUCCUUGGACACCAUCCCCCAAGCACAGUGGGAAGACAACUCCAGACAUAAUUAAAGACUGGCCCAGGAGGAAGAGGGCGGUGGGCUGCGGCGCCGGCUCCUCUUCUGGGAGGGGCGAGGUCGGUGCAGACUUUCCUGGGAGCCUGUCACUGCUUGAGUCAGAGGGCAAGGACCACGGCCUUGAACUCAGCAUCCACAAGACACCCAUCUUGGAGGAUUUUGAGCUCGAGGGAGUGUGCCAGCUCCCAGACCAGUCGCCUCCCAGGAACGGCAUGCCUAAGGCCGAGGAAGCCUCCUCCUGGGGACAGUUUGGGUUGAGUUCCAGGAAGAGGGUCCUGUUGGCCAAGGAAGAAGCUGACUGUGGAGCCAAAAGGAUCUGUGACCUGAGAGAAGAUUCAGAAGUUAGUAAGAGUAAAGAGGGGUCUCCAAGUUGGAGUGCAUGGCAGCUCCCCUCCACAGGAGAUGAUGAGGUGUUUGUUUCCGGCUCCACCCCACCUCCCAGCUGUGCCGUGCGGAGCUGCCUCUCUGCCAGUGCCCUCCAGGCUCUGACCCAGUCUCCGCUGCUGUUCCAGGGGAAAACACCUUCCUCUCAGAGCAAAGACCCCAGAGAUGAGGAUGUGGAUGUACUUCCCUCCACUGUAGAAGACUCUCCUUUCAGUCGCGCAUUCUCCAGGAGGCGCCCCAUCAGCAGAACUUAUACACGGAAGAAGCUCAUGGGAACCUGGCUGGAGGACUUAUAGCCACAAACACUACUGAGCCCAAAAGAUGGAGUCAGCCAGGACUAUGGGUGACUAUGACCCUAUGGGCAUAAAGAAGUUGGAGGCCUGGUCCCAAGCCUCUUUUGCCAUGGUCAGUGUUCAGACUGCCAUUAGAAUGCCUUAGGGUUUUCUAAUUCCCCUCAUGGAUCCAAUCCAUCUCCUGGCCCUGCCCCUUGUUGGGGAAGUUGCAGGAGGAGAGGUGGAUGGCAAUGUAGUUGGUGCUAUAACUCAGGCAGCCUGGGAGUCAGGAAGCCAGACAAGGAAUCCCAUUCCAGCCUCACCCCAACCAUGGCCUUGGCAAGUCAGGGGGCCACUCUGCCUCAUUUAUGCAAAUGGAGAAAGGACCUCCCUGGGGUCCCUUCAGCUGCUGUAAGGCCGGGCUGCUGUGACACAGGCAGCGCUUUGUAAACUGUGAAGCCAUAUAUGUGAAACUGAAGAGUGCAUUGGGCAGCGGAAGCUAUUUUUUGCCUUCCCUGUGUAACGAUAAAAUCAUCUCUAGUGACUGAGCACUCAGUACGUUUUUGUUUAAUGUUGGGCCUGAGGUUAACUGUGACCAUGGUCCAGCUCGAGUGGCUUCUGGAGCAGCCACAUUUCAAGGACUGUCCAAGAGUCAGCCAGUUCAUGGCACAGGCCUCGCCCAUUGCCCACUCGUGGGGAGACCAUCACCUGGCUCAUCGUUUCCACCAAGAGUGCCCCACAGACCCGCUGGACCAGCCUGCUGCGGGUCCUGGCCAGGGGUCUGGCUAACGGUGAGGGCUGACUCUGAACUGUCUCUCAGUCUCCAGACAGUGUUCAAGCCUGUUGUGUUCCCAAAUCUGAUUCCUCCUAUUGUCUUGUAAAUCAAACUCUAAGUGAAAACUUCCCAUUUCUCCCUUCAAAGAUUUUUUUUAUUAAAUGGUUUUUUAAGAUC